GAUUUAUGUAAGAUCUUUAAAUCAUACAAGCCUCGCACCUAAUUUAUUGAAUUCCAUUCCCUCUUCAGUAAAGCCUUGCAUAAAUUUUAGCUAUAGAAAGUGUGGUGAGAUGUGUUGCCAUCCAUCCAUCCAUCCUGUAAUCCUCUUAGAACUGUGAAAGAAAGGAGAGUGUUGAUGAGAUAUAGUAUCAUACUAGACAAAGGCAUCAAUUAGUGUCAAAGAAGUUAGAACUUUAGAAUGAUAGGCACUCUAAGCUUCCCUCCAAAUCCCACUACCUUGUGCUCUGCUAAGAAGAACACCAACAAAGAUAAAAGCAAGAAAUACAGAAAGUGGCAAAGUGAAGAUAGAAGCAACACUCUUUCUUUCCCAAAACCAAAAUCAACCCCACUCCUCAUCCAUCAACAACCUUAUCCCCAAACUAAACACCAAGCAAUUGAACAAGUACUCAAAGACAUUGAAGCUUCUAUAGAGAAAGGCAUCAGAAUUGACCCAGAAAUCUAUGCUUCUUUGCUAGAAACCUGCUACCGUUCCCAAGCCAUUCGUCAUGGUAUCCAAGUUCACCGCCUCAUACCUACAGUCCUUUUGCGUAAGAAUGUUGGCGUCACCUCCAAGCUUGUGAGGUUGUACGCUUCUUUUGGGUACAUGGAAGAUGCCCACGACCUGUUUGAUCAAAUGUCUCAGAGGGAUGCAUCUGCAUUUCCCUGGAAUUCUCUUAUCUCAGGGUAUGCUCAACUGGGUCUCUAUGAUGAUGCCAUUGCGCUCUACUUCCAAAUGGUGGAAGAGGGUGUGGAGCCUGACUUGUUCACGUUUCCUCGAGUUCUGAAAGUUUGUGCAGGACUAGGGUUACUUGAAGUUGGGGAGGAGGUGCAUCGCCAUGCGGUUCGUUCUGGUUUUGGCAAUGAUGGGUUUGUCCUCAAUGCACUGGUUGACAUGUAUGCUAAGUGCGGUCACAUUGUAAAGGCUCGAAAGAUCUUUAACAGGAUGCAUCGUAGAGACUCCGUUUCAUGGAAUUCAAUGCUCACAGCUUAUGUUCAUCAUGGCCUUGAGGUUGAGGCAAUGGACACUUUCUGCCAAAUGGUUUUGGAAGGGUGUAAACCUGAUUUUGUUUCCAUAUCCACGAUUCUCACAGGUGUCUCAUCAAUGGAUCUCGGGGUCCAAAUUCAUGGGUGGGUGAUCAGGCGAGGAGUUGAAUGGAACUUGUCCAUUGCUAAUUCCUUGAUCAUAGCUUACUCCAAACAUGGAAGGUUGGAUACAGCGCGUUGGUUAUUCAAUUUAAUGCCAGAAAGGGAUGUUGUUUCCUGGAAUUCUAUAAUAUCUGCUCAUUGCAAACACCGAGAAGCCCUUGCUCUUUUUGAGCAAAUGGAGGAAGCUGGUGUAAAGCCUGAUAAAAUAACAUUUGUUUCACUACUAUCAGCUUGUGCCUAUUUGGGUUUGGUGAAUGAUGGAGUGAGGUUGUAUGCUUUAAUGACUGAAAAGUAUAAAAUAAAACCCAUUAUGGAACAUCAUGGUUGCAUGGUUAACCUUUAUGGAAGAGCAGGAAUGGUUGAAAAGGCUUAUAGCAUCAUAACCGAUGGAAUCGGCUCUGAGGCUGCAGGUCCAACCCAGUGGGGAGCUUUAUUGUAUUCCUGCUAUUUGCAUGGAAGUGUAGCUAUAGGGGAGAUUGCUGCAAACAAGCUUUUUGAUUUAGAGCCAGACAAUGAACAUAAUUUUGCACUUCUUAUGAAGAUCUAUGAAAAUGCAGGCAGAUUAGAAGACAUGGAGAGAGUUAGAAUGAUGCUGGUUGACAGAGGAUUGGAUUAUUAGACAGCUAUGCGUCCAAAGACUUAAUUAACACCACAAGACAGCCCAUGUGUAUGUUUCUUGUGUCUCUACAUAUGCUUGAUGAUGCAAGGUCCAUUCUGCUUCUUCUUUCUCCCACAAAAUCUGAUUACAUUAAGGGUAUACUGAUGUACAGCAGUGACACGUAACUUGCUGGAUUCAAUUCCAAGUUAGUAUUGUCUUCCUUCAUCUCCGUUCUUUAGCAUCAAAUACAGGAAAAUAUAUUAUUUUUUCACAUACUAUCUUCACAUCACAUGUAAUUACUAGGUUGAGUGCUUUGCCAGCUACACCAAAAGAUUAUUUUUAAGUCUGUCCAUUCGUAGCUGUUGAGUUUUAUACCCCUUUCUGAAUUGUAUGGUGUGGAAUAAAUGAUUUCUUACCCCUCAGAAAUAGAUAAUUCUUUUUGACAUGUUCUCUUA